CGAAAAAGGUUGUUAGAAAUGGGGAGCGAUACCAGACAUCUAAGAGCGUGUCACAGUUUGUAGACGACAUUCUACGACACAACAUUAGUGGAAGUUUGUAUCGCGUGUUCGCCAUAGGGCGUCAUUCUGUCUGCAAAACAACCCCAUCCUCUCACCAGCUUUGUCGCACAAAAUUUUCUCGUUUUUCCUUUUCAUCAAAUUCGUCAACUGUCAUUAACAUAAUUUUCUCUAUACUUACUACUUUUCUUUUUCCUGGCUGGGUCUUUUUCACUCCCAUACAAUCUAGCAGCAGUCCAGUCUGACACCGGGUCGUGCCUUGUCUCCUCCAUCGCCGAUGUUCGACUGCAGUUGAUCAACACGUGCAUUUGCCCGAAGUUCUUCUUUUUUUAAUCUCAAGUGACUCGCUUCAAAACCACAACAUAUUGAUAAAUACGUCAGUUACGUGCAACUUGUUGAAAAUCUUUUUAAAUAUCGAACUUUUGGGCAUAAUUCACGUAAGUUAUAGAAAUGAACUUAAACGGCAAUAAAAAACGCAAGAGAAGCAUUUCGAACGAGAGGAAAAAAUUUCGGACAUUGAAGAAAUGGAAAGUGACUAACAUCAGACCAACCUUUGUGGAAGAUCGUGAUAUCAUUCGACGCUUGAAUGGGAAUGGAGUAACACACAUCGUCGAGCACAUUUUCAGCUAUUUGGAUUACAAAAGCCUAUCGAACGCCGAGAGUGUGUCGUCUGAAUGGUGCGAAAUCUUGAAGAACGAAAGAAUUUGGAAAGCAUUAAUCAAGAGAAACAUCGUUGUAGACCCAGUUUGGCGUACAUUGUUUAUGAAAUUCAAACAGCCAGUCGAAGGUGGCCAACAUGCGGUCGGUGACGAUGUUUUCAUGACAAGGAAAAUUUGCCAAGAUAUUGGAAAAUUGCACCAACAGUUUGUCGAUCUAAUGUCGUCGUCAGUUAACUUACUGUCUUCUUCUGUCAAACUCAUAUCCAAGAUGUUGGAAUUGCUCAGAUUCGUUGGUUUUAGUCUCGCUGAUCAUUACGAAAGUGACCAUUCUGAAGAAGAUUAACUCAGUUCCUAA